UUGACGACGACUUCGUCACUGGACAACGCAACUUCGGGGCUAAACGAGUCACAACAUUUCUGAUCUCGAAUUCCUCGAUAGAAUCUUCGAACCAUCAAUCCACGCAAAUCUGCAAGACUCUCCCAAACCCUACAAAACACACAACCGCCAACAUGAACCCCCUCAUGAAGAAGAACAAGGUCGACAUCGCAUCUCUGUCUCCCGACGAGCAGCGACUCUUCCGCCUCUACGGCAAGCUCCCCUCCAAGUCCGACCACCUAGCCAAGCACCUCAAGGAGCGCAAGUACUUCGACUCCGGCGAUUACGCACUCUCCAAAGCCGGCAAGGCCAGCUCGGUCGACACUGGCAGCGUUGGCUCCCAACAUCCUCUCCCCGAGAACAUCCCCCACCUAUCGUCACCCGGCGUCGGCAAUGCGAGCCAGGGCGGUAGUGGCAAUGGCAACAUUCUCCCUGGUGGACCGGCUGGCCUGCAAAGCGGUAGUCCUGUGAAGGAGAGUAGCUUCUUGAACAGAGAGACGAGCGUUGAUGAGGUCGAUGAGAAGGAGAACAAGGACGAGCGUCUCAAUGCCAGCGCAAGCCCACCACCUGCUAAGGAGGGCAUCCCGAUCCGAAGAUAGACCUGUCACGCGUGGAUAAGGGCUACAUUGAUUGUGGAUUGUGUUGGGAUUAUGAUUGACGGUCGAUUGGCGUUCGGGGAUUUGAUAUCUGAAGGCUCACUGGGAAGGGUUUCGAUUGUACAUGGUUUUUUUCUUGAAGGCGGGCGAUCACGUCAAAGGAUCG